AUGAAUAUUGAUGCAGCAGGUGCAAGGGGUAAAUGUGCAGCAUGUAGGUACCAAAGAAAACGAUGUGAGGAGAAUUGUCCGUUAGCUCCAUUUUUUCCUUCCAAUAAAGUGGAAGAUUUCAAUAAAGUUAUUCGACUUUACAAAGUAAGCACUAUCAUAAAUAUGCUUAAUUCUGUUGCUGACAAUGAGAAAAAGGCAAAAAUGGUGGAAACCCUAAUUUUAGAGGCUAAGAUUAGGUAUGAAAAUCCUGUGUACGGGUGCAUUGCCGUUGAAGAAAAAUUGAGGUUAGAAAUUGAAGAAACUAUGAAGGAGCUUGAUUUAGUGCAGAAAGCAAAUGCUUAUUUCAAAGAACUGCGUAAAACAUCAUUGUAUUACAAGAAAAAUAAAGAGACCUCUACAAGUGGCACACAAAGCUUUAAAGGGCACAAGUCUGACUCGACUUUGGAAGAAGCUACGAGCAUUACUGAGCAUCAUGCCAUUCAAGAUGUGGAAACCAGGAUUGAUCUCAAUGACAAUGACGGGACCUAG